AUGGCUCAUUUGGCAAACUUAAAUGGAGUCUCUGAAACACUGCAAACCAUACCAAGGCUUCCAGGCAUACAAAGGACCCAAAAGAGAGUGAGCAUUGUUGGCUUUAUGGGCAAGAAAAAAGAUGAUCUUCAGGAACUGCCACUACAAACUACAAGAAGACUAGCAUUAGGCCUUGCCUCUAUUGCACUUGUUGGGAACUCCUGCAAUGGAGUCUCUCUUGCUGAGGGCAACGGGUUCUGGAUCGACGGCCCUCUGCCCGUGCCUUCUGCUGAAAACAAAAUUGCAAAUGAGAAGACGGGAACUCGUUCUUUUCUGAAAAAGGGACUCUACAUGGCAAACAUUGGAACCAAAGGGAGGAAGUUUAGGCUAAAGAAAUAUGCAUUUGAUCUCCUGGCAAUGGCAGAUUUGAUUGCACAAGAUACCCUAAACUAUGUUAGAAGGUUCCUGCGGCUAAAAUCCACAUUCAUGUACUUUGAUUUUGACGAAGUUAUCUCUGCAGCACCAGUCGAUGAGAAACAACCUCUCACUGAUCUUGCUAAUAGAUUGUUUGACACCGUAGAAAAGCUUGAUGGCGCUGUGAAGCAACGCAACCUAUCUGAGACUGAAUCAUAUUAUAAAGACACAACAGUCAUUCUCCAGGAGGUCAUGGAUCGAAUGGCAUGA